UAUUUACAACGCGCACACUCCAUUGCCUCGCCACUCCAGCGCCCACUACGGUUUCACUUCAUUCUCUCUCAUACAGCGUCUCUUUUCUUCCGGAUUUGUCGAAGAGCAUGGGUCGUGGAGUUAGUAGUGGUGGUGGACAGAGUUCGCUGGGCUAUCUUUUCGGUAGUGGAGAGGCUCCAAAACCAGCGGAAAAUAAUGCCCCAGCCCCAGCUGAAGGACAGGUUGUAAAUAACGAGCCUCCUUCAAAGAAAGCUUCCCCUCCAGUAGAUGUGAAUAAGCAGGCUCCUGCUGGUAUCCACAGCAACAAAGUAGAUGGCCAGAACACUGGCGACUUCAUUACGGACCGACCCUCAACUAAGGUCCAUUCUGCCCCUGGUGGUGGCUCAUCUCUGGGCUAUCUCUUUGGUGGACCUAGUGAAGAAAAAUAAGAUUUCUGAAAGUACAAACCCUGAAAACAUUGGGAAGAUAUGGUGUAAUAUAGAUUGUGGUUGCUUGGAUGAUUCAGUUGCUAUGUUCUAAAAGCAGAAAACAUGUAUGCAUAGUUUUUGCUUGUCAAUGGAUGUUUUAAUUUUCAAUUGCAUAUGUUGCUUUACUUGUGUACUUCAAGUGUUCUCGAGAUUUUUAUUAUUUUUAAUUUUGCUCUUUCUGGCUGUUUUUCA